AUGGGGGACAUGAAGACCCCUGAUUUUGAUGACCUGCUGGCAGCUUUUGACAUUCCUGACAUUGACGCAAAAGAAGCCAUUCAGUCAAGUCCGGAGGAGGAACGGGAUGAGAUGGGGACCAACUCCGACGAGGGAGAGAGUGCGUCACCUCCAUGCUUCCCCUGUCUCCCCGCCUCACAUAGUAGUGUUAUUGUGAAGAACACCGUACGAUCUGAGUCCUUGGAAGAAGAGGAGCCAUCUCACACCCAUACAACCGUCUUGGUGGGUGAGCUGCCCUCACACCUUCAUGCAAAGCUGCCACCCGAUGACGCCGUGGAGCCGCAGAUCGCCAAUGGCUUUCAGGGAUCCAUCCCCCGAGCUCAGGGACAGCCCAAAACACAGCAUUGGCACCCUUGUUCACCAUUGAGGUCCACACUGGAUUUUACCGCGGGUAAAAGCCCUAAAGGAGCUGCAAUUGGAUUGGUCCCACACGCAACCGAUGUCCUAAAUCGUUUCAAACCCCUCCCGGUCCUCCAGUCUUCCAUUAGGACUGGUCCUCACCCCUCAACGGCUCCCUCCUCCCACUUAGUGAGCCCUCACCUUCCUCGUCUCUCCCCCGAGAAGGAUGAAACGUGCCUCCUCAGCGAUCCAUCAUCCUCCCCUUUAUCACAAAAUGGGAGUUUUAAGGCUGGAGUUAAACAUGCCAUGCACUCGGAUGAAGAGGACUCCGAGCCUGACUUAGGAAGUCCACUGGUGAUCCAGGAGAGCCCGGAAUCCGUGAUGUCCUCCCCUCCCAAAUUUCAAUAUCAAGCAAAACUACAGUCUGACAUUCUUGGGCCUCCUGAGUACCAUCCGCGUCUUGUCCCCCAUCGACCUCUGCCCUCUCUGGCGCCUGCAAAACCUAAACCCAAGCUUGAGGAGCACGUGCAACCUACAGCCCUCAGUGGCGCCUCCACAGCCCCUCAGCCACAGAGCCCCCAGGACUGCCUCGCCUCUCUCAACACGGGCUUCGCAUCAGUCCAAGAAGACAAAUACCCAGAGCAUGUGAUCGAUGAAAGGGACUCACCCGAGAGCCCGCCGCCAAGCGAGACGGGUCUCCUAGUCCCCAAGGAAUACAGCAGCCCGGAUUCGGCCCAAGCAACGGCAAACAACGAGGACUUUGCUCACAAAGAGGAGCUUGAGGAAGAGGAAAGACCGGGCGAGAGUGAGAAGUUGAGUGAAAAGGGGGCUGGGGAUAAGGAACAUUUAAACGAGAAGAGCUGCGCUGCCGGCGCUGACGGUUCUGGGUCUGCGAGCGCGGCGAAACUACUUCCCUCUCAGUCGCAUCCCCUCAAAGUUAAAAUCAAAAUGCCUACGGGUAGCAUCACAAGGACCGUGACUGGUGCUGCCCCUAAAAAAAGAGCCAUUCCCAAGGGCGUGAAUAGUUCAAAAGCUUCAGCAGAACGUCAGGGCGCCAGAUCCAAGAGGGAGCUACCAGAGGCGUCUCCGACGCCUGCGAUGGCGAUGCUCCAGGACGCCUGCGCCGCGACGCUGGACGGCGCCGGCGCGGGCAAAGACAAAGCCGCAGCGGACGCCAAGCUCAAAGUUUCCCCGACAGCCGUUAGCAUCACCAAAAGCGCAGCCCUGCCCACCAUCUCGGCGUCCGCUCCGAGAACCAGCCCGGGUGUGAUCAACCCUCGCAGCCUGGCUCCUAAAGCGGUGAACAGUGCGGCGGCUCUUCCUGCGCCGUCCCCUCUGCUUACGCCUCAAAUCAGCAGCAGGCCGGCCUCCAUAGUUAACAGCACCGGGGCGAUCAUAUCCAAGACCCAGACCAACCUGGUGGAAGCGUUCAACAAGAUCCUCAACAACAAGAACCUCCUGCCCAGUUAUAAACCAGACCUGAGCUCUCCUCUCCCUGCAGAGUGGGGCCUUCCGCUGCCUGCACAGGGUUACCGCUGUUUGGAGUGCGGCGACGCCUUCGCCUUGAAUCAGAGCCUGGCGCGUCACUACGACCGCCGCUCGCUGAGGAUCGAGGUGACCUGUAAUCACUGCGCCAAACGCUUGGCCUUCUACAACAAGUGCAGCCUGCUGUUGCACGCCAGAGAACACAAGGAGAGAGGCCUGAUCAUGCAGUGUUCGCACUUGGUCAUGAAGCCUGUUCCGGUGGAGCAGAUGAUCGGCCACCAGGAACCCGCGGCAACUGGACCCUCAUCAUCAUCAUCGUCCUUUGCAGGCCAGGCCGCCCCAGCAGCCGCGACGCGUCAAGCGGUAUCCAAGAAGAAGGCCGAGGCCGUGCACUACACGGGUAACAGAUGUCCCGAGUGCCAGGCUCAGUUUCAUAGCAAAGAAGAAGUUGCCGAGCAUUUCCAAGAAAUCAAACCAGCACAAACCUCUUCAUGCACAGAGUGUUCCCCUCCAAUGCUCCUGCCCAACGGCUGCAGUGCCGCAGCCCAUCACCGCAUACACCAGAGCAGUCCGCCACGCGUCUGCCCAGAGUGCGGCGGCACGGCCAAGCAGUCGCUAUUCCGAGCGCACCUCGACGAGGCCUGUCUGCACUUUGCCCGACGCAUUGGAUACAGGUGUGAUGUCGUCGCUGCAGCCACGUGUUCCAGUUGCCUGGUGGUGUUCGGCGGGCUGAACUCGGUGAAGUCUCACAUCCAACAGGCCCACUGUGAUAUGUUCCACAAAUGCCCCAGCUGUCCCAUGGCUUUCAAAUCUGCUCCGAGCAUACAGAGCCACAUCAGUGGGCAACAUCCAACGCUCACUGAACGACAGACCAUGUUAAUAUAUAAAUGCGUCAUGUGUGACACCGUUUUUACAAACAAGUCUCUGCUGCACAUCCACUUUGAAACCCACUUGACCAAUCAAAAGGUGCACGUGUUUAAAUGCCCUGAGUGCCCCAAGUUGUUUUCUCAGCGGAAUUCUCUUCUGGAUCAUUUCAAGACCCAUAAGACUUCCAUCCCAAAACAAGAGUUGCCUUCACCUCCUGCGGCUUCCCCUCGUUCGAGGCCGUCGGUGAAGUCGGAGAGCUCGAAGGGAGACGAGUCGGGGCGCGAAGAGAAAGUGAAGCCGGAGAAGCUGAAGACCCCCUCCGGCUGGAAGUGCGCGCCUUGCCACGCACGCUACACGGACAGGGAAGACUACAUUACCCACAUGGCUGAACAGCAUAGCAAGAGUCUGAAGAAGUUUCCUUGUAACAAGUGUGAGAGCUCCUUCACCACCACGUCCAGUAUGAGACGGCACAUCAGAGACAAACACAAAGCCGCGAAUCGCUGCUUUCGAUGCCAGUAA